ACACGUCGCCCUGAUUUCUCGGUCUUGGAAAACAGAAUCAAAUAAAGUAUAUAAACAGCACCUUUGCCGCCCCUCUUGCCUCUCCUUUCCGGCACAAUCCUCAUCCAAUAGAACAACUGCAAUCAUCAACUUCUCAAACCAACUCACUUGCAACAUCCACUUCACUUGACCUUUUUAGAAGAAAAUGGUUUCCGCAAAGAUCUUUGCUGCCGCUGUCCUUGUGGCCUCCGCCUUGGCUUUGCCCACGCCUACCGAUAGUGGAGUGUCCUCCCAUGGACUUGCUGCGCGCGCGUAUCUGGUCCAAUACCCUGAGGAGGACAACGCAGCCAAGGUCAACAAGCGCGCGUAUCUGGUUCAGUACCCUGAGGAGGACAACGCAGCCAAGGUCAACAAGCGCGCGUAUCUGGUUCAGUACCCUGAGGAGGACAACGCAGCCAAGGUCAACAAGCGCGCGUAUCUGGUUCAGUACCCUGAGGAGGAUAACGCCAGUCAAGCGGCGACGCUACAAGAGAGCGAAUGAGCGCCUGGAUGAUAUCCUCUCGCGCCACGCAUAGAACGCGGCCAAGUAGUUAAGACAGGGCGUUUUUAGAAUUUAGUUUGAUAGACAACU